GAACCGCGAGUGGGCGACUAUACGACAAGGCGCAUGGUAGGGAUACAGUAUCUGUCAUGGCCGACGUUUACUGGGAGCGUAGUUUUGGUCAGACCGCAUUAGUGAGCGGUACGUGGUGUGUUUAGUGGUAGAAAAAAACAUGGGGUACGAUAAUGGGCAGACGGUCAAGCGAAGAAGGCGUUAGCGAACUCUCGGUCCUGAUAAAGGACAAUUUAUGCGAGAGGUCCGCGACGAUGGAAUCACGAGCACGGAGGACUCGGUUACGUAGCGUUGUAGGGAUAUGUUUGUUUCUCGCGCUCACGGGCAUCAUUUAUCUCGGUUACUUCUGUCCUGAUCACGUAUGUGCUUUAACGAGCCGCGAGAUCAAGGAGUCCGUAAGAUUGUCCGAGGGUCUAUCCGCUGGUCCUGGCUCCGGUUUGUCUUCCGUCUCCGUCGAAUUCGACAAAAAUGGCCUGCUCUCGGUACAUCCUGCUUUUAGAUUGCAGAGUAUUCAGGGAAGCCUUGGUUACGACGACGUGUUUACCAAUGAUACUUUCCAGUUUGAUAUCAAUGGUCACGAUGUCAUCGUUUUCUUGCAUAUUCAGAAGACUGGAGGUACACUAUUUGGAAAACAUUUAGUUAGAGAUCUAGAUCUACAAAGACCAUGUUCUUGUCAAAGAAGACGCAAGCGUUGUUUUUGUUUCCGUCCAAAUCGCAAUGAAAAUUGGCUUUUUUCAAGAUAUUCCACUGGUUGGAAAUGUGGUCUACAUGCUGACUGGACAGAAUUAACUAGUUGUGUUGAUACUGAGUUAAAUAAAAUUGAGGGGGAUGGGAUAAAACGUAGAUACUUUUAUAUAACUAUUAUAAGGGAUCCUGUUGCACGAUAUUUAUCUGAAUUUAAACAUGUACAAAGAGGUGCAACAUGGAGAGGAGCUCGUCAUUGGUGUGGAGGAACUCAAGCAAAUAUACCACAAUGUUAUCCUGGUUCUAGUUGGCAAGGAGUUUCUUUAGAACAGUUUAUGGCGUGUCCAUAUAAUUUGGCAAGCAAUCGUCAAACAAGAAUGUUAGCUGAUCUAUCAAUUGUUGGUUGUUACAAUUCUACACUCAGCAGUUUGGAGAGAGAUCGUCUCAUGUUGGCUAGUGCUAAGCACAAUUUACAAUUCAUGCCUUUCUUCAUGUUGACUGAAUAUCAAAAAGUGGGACAAUAUUCCUUUGAAGAAACAUUUGGAAUGAGAUUUGCCGUUGCAUUUGAACAACAUAACGCGACAUUGAGCGCUGCCACAAUGGCUACCCUAAGCGUGGAACAGUUAGAUGCUGUGCGUAGAUUGAACAGACUGGAUCUGGAACUUUAUGAUUUCGCAAAGAAUCUUGCGUUUCAAAGAUUCAAACGACUUAAAGAUCGCGAUCCAUACUUUGUACAACGAUUUCAACACCUUGGGGAAUUACCUUCUAGGCAAAGUGCAACGGAAUUCAAUUGGGAUUCUGUUAUAGAAGAUACUACAGAUGUUGAAUGAUAUGUAAGUAUGUUAAUGAUAGAUAUUAUUGAUGCUUUGCAUUCAUAGCUAAGCAAAUGAAAUGUUGCUCUGAAUCUGAGCAUCUCAGGGAAUCAUCCUUGAAAGAAAAAAUGUCUUUUACAUAGAAUUAUUACAUGCAUUUGCUGCAUGGAACUUACCAAAAGUGUUUAUAGAAAAUAUUGUGGAUAAGA